UCUUAUUAUUAAAUGUUGUGCCCAGUCAAACACCCUCCCAGAAAUUGAAACGAGGGAAUAAUUUGCACAGUACUAUCAAUCAUUCGGGCCUAUAAUGGGAAUUCUGCCUACCUUAUUGAAUGAUCUUGGUGGCUAAUGAUAGUAUGAUACAAUAUAUACUAAUGCAUUUGAACCAAAGGAACCAGGAAAGGACAUAUACUUAGUACAUGUUUUUCCUGUAUAGUCUUGGCAAUGGUGGAUCUUGGUUCAGAGCAGACUACACAACCCUUUACUCACGUUAACAUGUCCACUAAGAGAAAAGAGCUUCUUUCAAAUGUCAUGGAAAGGACUUCACAAUGGAUCUUAUCCCAGGAUAUCCCUAGUGACAUGACUGUUCAUGUUGGAAGAACUUCCUUUGCUCUGCACAAGUUCCCACUAGUUUCAAAGUGUGGAUGCAUAAGGAAGUUGGUCUCAAAAUCCAGUGAUGUUAAGCUUUCUGCAAUUGAAAUCCCUGACAUUCCUGGUGGAGCAGAGGCAUUUGAACUUGCAGCAAAAUUUUGUUAUGAAAUAAACUUUGAGAUAAGCUCAGGAAACAUUGCUUUGCUUAGAUGUGUGGCAGAAUAUCUUGAGAUGACAGAUGAGUAUGCAGUUGGAAAUUUGGUUGGAUUAACAGAGGCCUACUUAAAUAAAGUUGCACUUAAGAGCAUUGCAAGUUCAGUUUCCAUUUUGCACUCUUCAGAAAAACUUCUUCCCAUUGCAGAAGAUAUAAAAUUAGUGAACAGAAGCAUAGACACAAUUUCAUACAUAGUCUGCAAGGAUAGUCAAUAUGGCUUGAAUUCCUCGACAUUUGAUUGGUGGGCUGAGGAUUUAACUGUCCUACGAAUUGAUUUUUUCCAAAGGGUUUUGAUUGCUAUGUUGUCAAGGGGAUUCAAACAGCAUGAACUUGGACCAAUAUUAAUGCUCUAUGCACAGAAAUCCCUUGGAGAUUUGGAUAUAUCAGGAAAGGGGAGGAAAAGUAUUGAGGCAAGAAAAGAACAUGAAAAGAGGGUUGUUUUAGAAACCAUUGUUAGUCUUUUGCCAAAGGAGAAAAGUGCCUUGUCAGUGAGCUUUCUCUCGUUGCUUCUCCGAGCAGCAAUAUAUCUAGAAACCACAGUCUCUUGCAGGGUUGAUUUGGAGAAGAGAAUGUCAUUGCAACUUGGACAGGCUGUAUUAGAUGAUUUAUUAAUUCCUUCAUAUUCAUUAACAGGAGAUACAUUGUUUGAUGUUGAAACUGUGAAACGUAUUAUGAUGAAUUUCCUAGAGUAUGAAAUGGUGGGAAAUCGAUUAGGUUUCAAUGAUGAAGAGAAUGUGUCUCCAUCAGCAAGUGACAUGGGGAAAGUCGGGAAACUCAUGCAAGAUUACCUUGCUGAAAUAGCCUCGGACAGUAAUCUCUCUGUUUCAGAGUUUAUUAGCGUUGCUAAAGUCAUUCCAGAGCAAUCAAGGAUCACAGAAGAUAUGAUGUACAAGGCAAUUGACAUGUAUUUAAAGGCACAUCGAGCUCUAAGUGAUGUUGAGAGGAAAAAUGUUUGCAGUGUUAUGAACUGUCAAAAGCUAACUCGAGAAGCUCGUGCUCAUGCUGCUCAGAAUGAGAGGCUCCCUGUUCAGAUUGUCGUGCAAGUGAUUUACUAUGAGCAACAACGCCUUCGCGAAGUUAUGGAUGUUUGCUUAGUAGAGCCAGAUCCUCCUUCUCUUCCAUCUAAAGUCAAUUGGUUCUCCACUGACAUUCUCCCUGUUACAGACGAAGUCUCAAGUCUAAAAAGAGAAAAUCAGGAUCUAAAAUUUGAGUUGAUGAAAUUGAAAAUGAAGUUGAAAGAAAUUCAAAAAUGUGAUGACAAAUCAGCUGCUAGCACCCCUUUUGGGACAACGACUCCACCUUUGGAUAAGCCUCGUUUUCCAGGAAAAUCUUUCAUAAGUGCAGUAUCCAGAAAGCUUGGCAAACUGUACCCAUCGUUUGGAGCUGAUGAAGUCACAAUGCCAACGCAGAGCAAAGAGGAAAAUAAACCAAGUAGAAAUAGGCGUAAUUCCAUAUCAUGAUGCAACUAUAUUUUCCAUUAGGUUGUUGGUACAGUACCAAUGGUACUGACUCUUGUUGAAGUAGAGUGCACUAUUUGAAUUCUUGAAAAGGCUGGGUCGUUUGAUAGGAAAACAAGUUAUCCCGGAUUAGCUAUCUCUAGAUUAGUUAUCCCACCCUCAAGGAGGGAUAAGAAAAACACUACAAUCUUGGAAUAACUAAUCUCGGGAUGAGUUAUCUUAUGCAUUUUGUUCCAACCAAACAUGGAAUAAAUUCCUCUUCUAAAUUAAUCCCGAGAUUCAUUAUCCGUA